UCGUCAAGUACAGUGGAUAAAAACAGUGUUAUAUACAGUGAAAAGUGCUCUAAUUGGAAGUUCUACUAGUCUGUGGAAAGACUUUUGGCCAAAAAGGAUCAACAGCUCAGCAGUGUCCUGGCAGAAAUGGAUUACCAGUGCUAAUUACCCAACAGGAUAUUCCUGUGUACAACAUUUUUGAAGCAACUUUCGAGCUAGCCAUUAAAAAUGGCAAAUAAAGUGAUUUCUGUGUCCUUGUGGCUGCUACUCAUUGCUACUGUGUGGGCCGAAGAUGGGGAUAUUGUGAUGGGCGAUGAGGAAGACGAGGAUAUUAACCCGCUGAGCCAAGCCGCACCGGAAGUCGCCGAUAAGGAGAGCGAACGCAACGAACGCCAUAUUAGCUUCAACAUCCUCAAAGCCCCCGCAGUUAGUGCGCGAUACACUUAUGGAGGAUCAGGAGGAGGCGGUGGCGGUUACAGUAGCGGUGGAGGAGGAUAUGGCGCCGUUGGAGGUGGUUAUGGCGGCGGAGGUGGUGGAUAUGGCGGCGGUAUAAAGACAUCCCAUGUUGGAGGAGGUAACUUUGGAGGAGAAUUUCUGACCAAAACCUUGGGACUCUUUGGCGUUGGAAAGGGGAGACAAGGCAACUUUUACGGAAAUGGUGGCCAAGUCCUGGCAGCCUUUGGAAAGUGUUCCGCUCUACAACUGCCACCCAAUGUCCAGGCUGAUUGUCAUAACGGUCGCUGUAAGGUCUCAUGUCCAAAUGGCUAUAGCUUCGCCCAGGACAUACAGUUCCUAGACAUGUUCUGCAGCAAUGAUGGAUGGAUCAUAGGCAAUUCUGUGUUUACGGAGGUUCCACCCUGCCAGGCCAAAUGCCUGCCUCCGUGCCAGAACAAUGGAAUCUGCAUCUCUGCUGGAGUUUGCCAAUGCCCGGAGAAUUACUACGGACCUUUUUGCCAGCAAAAGAAGUCCGUAUGUGCUUCCAUUCCGAAGACACCCAAAAACUCCAAAAUGGCUUGCAAGAAUAACAUGUGCCAUGCCGAAUGCAUGAGGGGAUUCCAGUUUCCCGACGGAAGUGGCAUCACCAACAUUGAGUGCCGCAAUGGCCAGUGGGUGCACACCAAGACGGGUCUUCCCAAGGCCCCCGAUUGUGCUCCUACUUGUGCGCCCGCCUGCCAGAAUGGUGGACAAUGCAUUAGCUUCAAUGUCUGCUCGUGCACCAAGAUGUUUAGGGGAGCCAACUGUCAAUAUAAUAUUCAAAGCUGCAAUGUCACAAAUACCAAUUUUAAUGGAAACUACAAGUGUUCCUAUGAAAUGGAGGAGGCCCGUUGCACAUUCACUUGCCCUGAGGUACCGGGAUUGAAGGUUCAAGGACGCCUUGACAUAGAGUACAAGUGUAGCUACCAGCAAGGACAAUAUCUUCCUGCUCCACUACCAAAGUGCAUAUUUCCUCCAGGAUAUACCAUUCGAUCCAAAACAUCCUCUCAUGGCGUAGUGUCUCAGGCUGGCUAUCACCGGGCAGUUAGUGGGGAAAUGGCCUAUGAACUUCAAACUGAACGUGAAAAGCUACUGGCCUUGUUGGCCAAGUAUCGUGAUCUCGAAAGAAGAAGUGAAUGGUGGUCUUCAGAGGAAUCUGUUGUUACCCUCAGCAGUUAUACCCUGUACCAGAGCAACGAUUUGGAUAUCGUCAUCGACAAGACUCCGCGACCGGCCUUAUGUACCACUUGGGGUGGCAUUAACAUGAAGACCUUCGAUGGCCUGGUCUUCAAAGCUCCUUUGUCCUGUUCCCAUACGCUAAUUACAGACAAGGUCUCGGGUACUUUUGACAUUAUCCUGAAGGCUUGUCCUUAUGGAUCUGGCUAUGGCUGUGCACACACCCUGAAGAUUCUUUGGCAAUCGGUUCAGUACACCUUCGAGAAUCUAAAUGGCACCGUUCAGCUUACCACACCCAUAAAGAAGCUCCCCAUGCCUGUCCAGGUUAUGGGCAUGAAGGUUAUGCCUGUGGCCCAGCAUGUACAGAUUGAUCUGGAGUCUGUUGGCCUCAAACUGGACUGGGACCAUCAUCAGUAUGUCUCCGUGCAGGCUGGUCCCCAGAUGUGGGGAAAAGUGGGUGGUCUUUGCGGAUCCCUUGAUGGCGAUACCAACACUGACUUGACCUCCAGGACUGGCAAGAAGUUAGCGACCGUGAAGGCAUUUGCAGAUGCUUGGCGGGUUGAUGAUCACAGCGAAUUGUGCCAAGUUGAGAACAGUGCAGAGCUGGAAUUCGGUAUGGACUCCUGUGAGCAAAGCAAGCUCCAGAAGGCUGUCUCCGUCUGUGAACGUUUGUUGGCGAACGAGAAGCUUGGUGACUGCAUCAAACCCUUUAACUACGACGCCUUGAUCCGCACCUGCAUGGCUGACUACUGCAAUUGUGCUAAUCGAGAACACCCGGAAAGCUGUAAUUGCGAUGCCAUAGCUAUGCUAGCCAAGGAAUGCGCCUUUAAGGGCAUUAAAUUGGAGCACGGCUGGCGGAAUCUGGAGAUAUGUCCCAUCAGCUGCGGUUUUGGACGCGUUUAUCAAGCUUGCGGUCCUAAUGUGGAACCCACCUGUGACUCGGACUUAGCCCUACCAGCUUCCAAGGGCGCCUGCAAUGAAGGCUGCUUCUGCCCUGAAGGAACAGUACAGUACAAGGAAGCAUGCAUCACCAGAGAACUCUGUCCGUGUUCCCUUCGUGGCAAGGAGUUUAAGCCAGAGUCGACGGUCAAGAAGAACUGCAACACCUGCACCUGCAAGAACGGUCAAUGGCGAUGCACGGAGGAUAAAUGUGGUGCCCGCUGUGGGGCUAUUGGAGAUCCACAUUAUCAGACAUUCGAUGGCAAGCGUUACGAUUUCAUGGGCAAAUGUUCCUAUCAUCUGCUAAAGACCGAAAACAUGUCAGUGGAGGCGGAGAAUGUGGCUUGCUCUGGAGCCGUUUCGGAGGCCAUGAAUUUUGCCGCUCCCGACGAACCAUCGUGCACAAAGUCAGUGACCAUCAGAUUUAUUCUGCGCGAUGGUACUCCUUCUGUGAUCAAGUUGGACCAGGGACUGACCACGGUAGUCAACGACAAGCCCAUUGUGAAGCUACCCAAAAUGCUGGGUCUAGGCGAAGUUCUCAUUCGACGUGCCAGUUCUACGUUUCUAACCGUAGAGUUUGCCGGUGGCAUUCGCGUCUGGUGGGAUGGAGUUUCGCGGGUCUAUAUCGACGCUCCACCCAGUUUCCGGGGCCAAACUCAGGGUCUUUGUGGUACCUUCAACUCGAAUACCCAGGAUGACUUCUUAACACCCGAAGGCGAUGUAGAAACGGCCAUUGAGCCGUUUGCGGAUAAGUGGCGCACUAAGGACACUUGCGAAUUCAAGGCAGAAACCCACCAGGGACCUCACCCCUGUACAUUGAGUCCGGAGAAAAAAGCUCAGGCCGAGAAAUUCUGUGACUGGAUUCUGCAGGACAUCUUCCAGGACUGUCACUUCCUUGUCGAACCGGAACAGUUCUAUGAAGAUUGCCUCUACGAUACCUGCGCUUGCAAGGAUGACCUUUCCAAGUGCUUCUGUCCCAUUCUGUCCGCCUAUGGAACUGAGUGCAUGAGGCAGGGUGUUAAGACGGGAUGGCGUAUGACGGUCAAGGAGUGUGCUGUCAAAUGUCCAAUAGGCCAGGUGUACGACGAAUGCGGAGACGGGUGUGCUUUGUCUUGUGAUGAUCUGCCCGGCAAGGGCAGUUGUAAACGGGAAUGCGUUGAAGGAUGUCGUUGCCCCCACGGAGAAUAUGUCAAUGAAGAAGGCGAGUGCGUCCCCAAGCAGAAGUGCCAUUGCAACUUUGACGGCAUGUCCUUUAGACCGGGCUACAAAGAAGUGCGUCCAGGAGAGAAGUUCCUGGAUAUUUGCACCUGUACAAAUGGCGUGUGGGAUUGCCAGGACGCCGAGCCAGGUGACAAGGAUAAAUAUCCACCAUCAUCGGAACUGCGUUCAAAGUGUGCCAAGCAACCCUUCGCUGAGUUCACCAAAUGUGCACCCAAAGAACCGAAAACCUGCAAGAACAUGGACAAGUAUGUGGCUGAUUCUUUGGACUGUCUUCCCGGAUGCGUUUGCAUGGAGGGUUAUGUCUAUGACACUUCCCGCUUGGCUUGCGUCCUGCCAGCUAACUGUUCUUGUCAUCAUGCUGGCAAAAGCUACGAUGACGGCGAGAAGAUCAAGGAGGACUGUAAUCUCUGCGAAUGUCAAGCUGGCAACUGGAAGUGCUCGAAGAAUGGCUGCGAGUCCACAUGCAGCGUUUGGGGAGAUUCCCAUUUCACCACUUUCGAUGGCCACGAUUUUGACUUCCAGGGAGCCUGCGACUAUGUUCUUGCCAAGGGAGCUUUUGACAAUGGCGAUGGCUUCAGCAUAACCAUCCAGAAUGUUCUAUGUGGCACAAUGGGUGUGACUUGCUCCAAGUCGCUGGAAAUUAGUCUAACUGGCCAUGCUGAAGAAUCGCUAUUGCUAAGUGCGGAUUCUGCGUACGGCAUUGAUCCUAACAAGACACCUAUUAAGAAACUCCGGGAUAGUGUCAACUCGAAAGGUCACAACGCAUUCCACAUCUACAAAGCUGGUGUAUUCGUCGUCGUAGAAGUGAUCCCCCUGAAGCUGCAAGUAAAAUGGGACGAAGGUACUCGGGUCUAUGUAAAGCUGGGCAACGAGUGGAGACAAAAAGUAAGCGGUCUGUGUGGCAACUAUAAUGGCAAUGGUCUGGAUGACAUGCAGACUCCCUCGUUGGGAUUGGAGACAAGUCCCAUGCUCUUUGGCCAUGCCUGGAAAUUGCAGCCCCACUGCUCGGCACCCGUUGCCCCUAUCGAUGCCUGCAAAAAGCAUCCAGAACGUGAAACAUGGGCUCAACUUAAGUGUGGAGCUCUAAAGUCGGAUCUGUUUAAGGAGUGCCAUGCGGAGGUUCCUCUGGAACGGUUCUGGAAACGUUGCAUCUUCGACACAUGUGCCUGUGAUCAGGGCGGUGACUGCGAGUGCCUGUGCACAGCCAUGGCUGCCUAUGCUGAUGCUUGUGCCCAGAAGGGUAUCAACAUUCGAUGGAGGUCCCAGCAUUUUUGCCCAAUGCAAUGUGAUCCCCAUUGCUCGGAUUACAAGGCCUGCACUCCUGCCUGUGCUGUGGAGACCUGCGACAACUUCCUCGAUCAAGGAAUUGCAGAGCGCAUGUGUAACCGAGAGAACUGCCUCGAGGGUUGUCACAUCAAGCCAUGCGAAGAUGGAUUCAUCUAUCUAAACGACACCUACCACGAUUGUGUGCCCAAAGCAGAAUGCAAGCCAGUGUGUAUGGUGAAGGAGGGCAUGACAUUCUACGAAGGCGAUAUUACCUAUACGGAUUCAUGUGCCACUUGCCGAUGCUCCAAGCGCAAGGAGAUUUGCAGCGGAGUAAAGUGCGAUGAGCCCAUAACAACGGCACAUCCGGCUCCCCUUAUUGAGGGCACUACUGCACCCACUCCUCAGGCUACUCAAAAUCAGACCAAGUGCGUCAAGGGAUGGACACGAUGGUGUGACAAGGAUCGUGAUACCUCGGACAAGAGUGUGCGACUUAAUGAUGAGGAGAAGGUGCCACGUUAUGAUCGAAUGGAGAAUGUCUACGGUACAUGUCUGAAACAAUAUAUGACCAAGGUAGAGUGCAGGGUGAAAGGAACGCACGAGGCACCCGAACAAAUGGACGAGAAUGUGAUUUGCAAUCUUGAGGAAGGUCUUCGGUGUAUUGGCAAAUGCCAUGACUAUGAACUACGCGCCUUUUGCCAGUGCGAUGAGGAACAGGAGCCCGAUGUGCCCCAACCAACGGAAAAACCACAACUUGGCCUGGCCUGCGAUGCUGCCCUUGUGGAGUACAAGGAAUUCCCUGGAGAUUGCCAUAAGUUCCUGCACUGCCAGCCUAAGGGAGUUGAGGGUGGUUGGAUUUAUGUGGAGCAGACUUGUGGCGAAUUCAUGAUGUUUAAUCCCACCAUGUUCAUAUGCGACCAUAUAGCCACCGUUACAGAGAUGAAGCCUAACUGUGGCUUAAAACCAAUACUAAAACCUGAACCCGAACCCAUCAAGCAAUGUCCGCCGGGCAAGAUAAAGUCAGAAUGUGCAAAUCAGUGUGAACAUACCUGUGAUUACUAUGGCAGCAUCUUAAGGAAACGAGGUCUCUGCCAGAUCGGCGAACACUGUAAGCCAGGUUGUGUGGACGAAUUGCGACCUGAUUGUCCUAAACUUGGAAAGUUUUGGCGUGACGAGGACACCUGUGUUCAUGCUGAUGAGUGUCCUUGCAUGGACAAGGCUGAGCAUUAUGUUCAACCACACAAACCCGUGCUCGGGGAGUUUGAGGUUUGCCAGUGCAUUGACAAUGCCUUCACCUGUGUGCCCAACAAACCGGAGGCUAUUCCAAAGGGAGGAGAAACUGAAGUGAUUUUGAUACCUUCAGUUCCCAUUUUGCCUGUUACCCUCACACCACCUCUACAAUGUUCCCCAGAACGUCUCAAUUACAAGAUAGAAAACCCUACACAUUCAGAGCCUGAUAGCAUAUUCAAUGCAAGUUCUCAGUUGGCCCCCGAACAUGGUCCAAAAAUGGCUCGUCUUACCAAAGAUCAUCCGAAGGGCAGCUGGUCACCUAGCAUUAAUGAUCAAAUGCAAUAUCUGGAACUAAACUUUGGCAAACCAGAGCCCUUCUAUGGUGUAGUUAUGGCUGGUAGCCCGGACUUCGAUAACUAUGUUACCCUCUUCAAGAUCCUUCACAGUCAUGAUGGAAUUGCGUAUCACUAUUUGGUGGAUGAAACAGAAAAGCCUCAAAUGUUCAAUGGUCCCUUGGAUUCAAGAGCUCCAGUACAGACCCUAUUCAAGAUCCCCAUCGAAGCCAGUUCUCUACGAAUUUAUCCUCUGAAAUGGCAUGGUUCUAUCGCCAUGCGUGUGGAGCUGCUUAUCUGCGGAGAUAAGGUGGAACCUUUGCCAGGGGCACCAGCUCCAACAAUCGCACCCAUAACCGAACGUCCAGCCCAAUUGGUAGAUCUUGAAUGCAUCGAUCUUAUGGGUGUGGAUGAGGGUAAGAUGUACCAGGACCAAGUUCAAUCGAGUAGCUUGUGGCAGCAGCCCAAGAAAACGCAGCUAUUGGAAUUGCUCAAAUUGUCGACACCUCUGGCUUGGCGGCCCCUUGCCAAUAGUCAAAACGAGUUCAUUGAGUUUGAUUUCUUGGAACCUCGAAAUAUCUCUGGAUUUGUAACAAAGGGCGGUCCAGAUGGAUGGGUCACUGGCUACAAGGUGAUGUUCUCUAAGAAGAAGCCAACGUGGAAUACAGUGCUAUCAACCAACGGACAACCAAGGAUCUUUGAGGCAAAUCACGAUGCUGAAACUGAGCGCAGGCAUCACUUCAAGAAUCCCAUACUAACUCAGUACCUUAAAGUUGUGCCUGCUUACUGGGAAAGGAACAUUAAUAUGCGUAUUGAACCACUAGGAUGCUUCUUACCAUAUCCUGAAAUCCAACGUCAAGUGCCUGUGGAAGAGGCCAAGCCCACAAAAUGCAAUAUCUGCGAUGGUGUGUCUGCCCCGAGUCCAACCACCGUAUGUCAGUGUCAAGAUCAAUUCUUCUGGGAUGGCAAUAACUGUGUCCAGCACAACCUAUGUCCUUGCAUAGAGAACUAUGUUAGCUAUCCGAUAGGCAGCAAGUUCGAGAACUCAGCCUGCGAGGAUUGCGUCUGCGUACUAGGCGGCCAUAAGAAUUGCAAGCCCAAAAAGUGUCCGCCCUGUCAGGAUACUAAGUUGCGUCCAGUGAUUACCAGCGAUUGUUUCUGUAAGUGCGAGCCGUGUCCCAAACAUCAAAGACUGUGCCCAUCCAGUGGUGAUUGCAUUCCCGAGAUCCUCUGGUGCAACGGAGUUCAGGACUGUGCUGAUGACGAGGACGCCAGCUGCAGUGAUUCCUUUACUGUACAGCCUGAUAUUAAACGGGAAAAGAAUGAGACUGAAGUCAUCACAUGUCCAGUACCCGUUUGUCCACCUCAGAUGAAGAUUAAAAUCACGGCCAAAAAGUCUAGAAAGAUGUCCAAGAUGUUUACCUUCUCUAAACAGGUAUCAAUAGUGGACGACGGAAUGACCAUUACGAAGACCAAGUUCAUCUCGUCGAAGGAACAAAUUCUGGCUAUGCCCAGUCAGGAAUUAGACUUCCAACAGGAAGAGGAGUGCGAUGAGUUUACAUGUGUUCCCAUUCCCAACAAACAAGUGGACAUAAACGAGACUGUCACAUGCACAGAACCAAAGUGCCCGGAGAAGUACGAUGUAGAGUUGGAUAUGAGUACGGCAAAGGUGGGAGACUGCCUGAAGUAUACCUGUGUCCUCCGGCCUAAUAAGGACGAUGUGUGCGAGAUUAGCGGCAAGAGCUUCACCACUUUCGAUGGUACUGUUUUCAAAUAUGGUCCCUGCAGCCACAUCCUGGCUAGAGAUAUUCACAAGAGUAGUUGGUCUAUAUCAGUUCACCAGCAAUGUAGCGAUGAGACCCGCAAAGUCUGUCACAAGGUGAUCACCAUCCAGGAUACUGAAGCCGGCAACGAGUUGAUUCUCCUGCCUCAUCUGAAGCUCAAAUUCAAUGGCUUUGAGUUCACUGUACAGCAGUUAAUAAAUUCACCUAUUUGCAAGGCUUCUUUCGUAGUUUCCCAGCCCGGAAAGACCCUUCUGGCGGUGUCUACCAAAUAUGGUUUCUGGGUACAGCUCGAUGAUAUUGGAAUCGUCAAGGUCGGCAUCUCCUCCAAAUUUAUUCGUACUGUUGAUGGUCUUUGUGGUUAUUACAAUGGAAACCCUAAGGAUGAUAAAAGAUCUCCGGAUGGCCAAAUUAUUGCAAAUACAGAGAAGUUCGGUGACAGUUGGUAUGACAAGCGAAUUCCCAAGGAGCAAUGUGGCGAUCUAAAGUGCUCCAGGGAAAUGCAGGCUAAGGCUUUGCAGCUGUGUAAUAUCAUUCAUCAUCCAACCUUUGCUCGGUGCCACAAGGCUGUUAACUAUAAGCAGUUCCUUAACAAUUACUGCCUCGAAGCUGCCUGCAAUUGCAUGAUGGCCAACAAUGGUGAUCCAGCCUCUUGCAAGUGCAACAUUUUGGAAAGCUUUGUGAAGAAGUGCCUCAGUGUGAAUCCUUUGGUUCAAUUGACCACAUGGAGGGCAGUGGCCCAAUGUGAGAUUAAUUGUCCCGCACCGUUGGUUCACACAGAUUGUUAUAAGCGACGCUGUGAGCCAUCCUGUGACAAUGUUCACGGAGAUGACUGUCCAGUUCUACCAGAUGCCUGCUUCCCAGGUUGUUAUUGUCCAGAAGGAACUGUCCGAAAGGGACCCAACUGCGUGCCCAUAUCCGAGUGCAAGGACUGUGUGUGCAAUGCUCUGGGUGCAUCCAAGUACAUGACCUAUGAUCGCAAGAGCUUUAGUUUUAAUGGAAACUGCACAUAUCUACUGUCGCGGGAUGUGGUGCUUCCUGGAGUGCACACAUUCCAGGUCUACGCUACUAUGGACGACUGCAAGAAACUGGGACAGCCGACUCCAGUGGAGGGAGGUAGCUGCGCCAAAUCUCUGCACAUUCUCAAUGGUGACCAUGUGAUUCAUGUCCAGCGCGUUCCACAGAAACCGAAAUCUCUGCAGGUUCUAGUCGAUGGAUUCGAGGUUAAGAAAAUACCAUACAAAGACAGUUGGAUUAGCCUUCGGCAGGUUGUGGGCAAGGAGCUGGUGCUAUCCCUUCCCGAAUCCCACGUUGAGCUGACUGCCUCCUUCGAAGAGUUGAUAUUCUCCUUGGGUGUUCCUAGUAUCAAAUAUGGCAGUAAGAUGGAGGGACUUUGUGGCGACUGCAAUGGCAAUGCAGCCAACGAUCUUCAGCCUAAUCCAGCCAAGAAAAAGGCUGGAGUGGAUGUAAUCCAAAGUUGGCAGGCAGAUGAACCAAAAUUGGGACUGGUUGAAGAGUGUCUAAGCGAGGAAGUGCCCAAGGAGCAGUGCAUUCCACUGCCGCCGGAGAAGGAUCCCUGCUUGCAAUUCUACAAUGCCGAGUUGUUCGGCAGGUGUCCUUUGGCGGUGGAUCCGAUUUCCUAUGUCUCCGCUUGCCAGCAGGACAUCUGCAAGCCUGGAAACACUCAACAAGGAGUCUGCGUGGCUCUGGCAGCUUAUGCUAAGGAGUGUAACCAGCACGGAAUAUGCACUAAUUGGAGGAGGCCAAACCUUUGCCCGUAUGAAUGCCCCAGUGAUAUGGUCUACGAGCCAUGUGGCUGUGCUAAGAAUUGCGAAACCAUCAAAGCCAUGACCGAAUUCGAUGCUGUGAGUCUUAAGAACCAGGCGGUCGUGCACACCGUCAAGAGUGAUGAAAUGUGUUUGAGCUCGGAACGUUUUGAAGGCUGUUUCUGUCCUGCCGGAAAGGUAAUGGACGGUGGCAAGUGUGUUCCGGAAAUAGCCUGCACAAAAUGCGACGAUGGAAUCCAUUUGCCUGACGAGAGGUGGCAGAAGGAUAAAUGCACUGAAUGUCUAUGCGAUAAAAAUGGAAAGACUUCGUGUGUGGAAAAGAAGUGUCAAGUGGAGGAGAAUAUCUGCGCAGAAGGCUAUGUGCCCGAAGUCAUUGUCAGUGUGAAGGAAUGCUGUCCCAGAUAUCGAUGUGUCCCAGAGACUAAGGAUCCAGCCAAACUAUGCUUGGCUCCUCUUAUGCCCAUCUGUGGUCCUGGACAGUUCAAAAAACAGAAGUUGGAUGUAAAUGGCUGCUCUCAGUAUAUUUGCGAGUGCAAACCCAAAGACCAGUGUGAAAUUAUUAAGCUUCGGGAAUUGCUACCAGGCGAGAUUGUGGUUGAGAUUGAAGAAGGUUGCUGCCCUACUAAAAAAAUUGAAUGCAAGCCAGAGUCGUGCCCUCAGGCACCUGCUAACUGCAAGGAGCGAUUCUAUGAAGUCAAGACCAUCAAGGAAAAUGGAAUGUGUUGUCCCAAGCAUUCGUGUGUACCUCCCAAGGACCUGUGCAUUGUUCAAUAUGAGCUCGACGAGUCCACUAAGUUCACCAAGCAGGUGGGUGAUAAAUGGACGCAUGUCAAGGAUGUUUGCAAGCAAGAGACAUGUUCUUAUGGUCCCGAUGGAAAUGCCCAGGUGGUUAGCACUUUUGAGCAGUGUAUUACUGACUGUGCACCAGGAUUUAGCUAUCAGAACUUUGACAAAACCAAGUGCUGUGGCAAAUGUGUCCAGACGUCUUGCAUCUUUGAGCAGAAACUAUAUGAUAUCAAUGCCAUUUGGAAAUCGGAUGAUAAUUGCACGACGUACAGUUGCCUAGAGAAGGAUGGACAAUUUUUGGUUACCACUUCAAAUGAAGUAUGUCCGGACAUAGGCAGUUGCCUCUCUCAUCUGUUGUACCAAGAUGGCUGUUGUAAGCGUUGCAAAUCUGAGCCACUGGUGGAGGACAAAUCAUUAUGUUUGCCUGUUUCAUUGGCCGAGUCGCGGACGAAGGAGAUCCUUAAGUUCCCCAUUCCAGGACAUGGAUCCUGUGUUAAUGCCGAACCCAUCCAAGGCUUCACUGACUGCGAGGGUGCCUGCUCCUCUGGAUCCAAAUACAAUACACUCACCGACAUGCACGAAAAGUUCUGUACUUGCUGCAGCAUCAAAUCCUAUAAACCGAUCUCAGUAAAAAUGAUUUGCGAGGAUGGUCACACGUUUACGCAGAAGCACGAGGUACCCUCCAACUGUGGAUGCUCGCCGUGCUCGGAAUUCUCGGACACCGCGAUCGAUGUGCGAAUGCAGCCUGAUGUGCAAUCGCCGCUACUGAAUUUACUUGGCAGUCAUAGGCACUGAAUGGCGAGGAAGUAAUUUAAUUCGAUUUAAGAAAACUGAGCAUUUAAAAUAAAAAAUUUAAAAAAAAUAGGCGUGUUGUGUGAAAUCCGAACUGUAUAUAUAAUAUUUAUAAACUUGAAUGAUGAAGUCGAUCUCCCACGAUCUAUUCGAUACUCAAACCCAAUUGCUUUACCCACAACGAAAAGGGUAGCAUACAUUUAGGGUUUUACUUAUAUGCAAAAAUGAAAAUUUAUAUUAUGAACAUUAUGAUAGAUUCAGUACAAACUUAAUGAGACUAGGAACUGUGAGACAAAUCAAAUUUGGAAUGAAAAAAAUUUUAAGGGCUACACGCCUGUCAAUUCAGCAUACUAAUUAAUUUCUUUUACAAAUCUAUCAAAAGUCAUUGAAAACAUCAAUAAAUUUUACAAAAUAUACGUAACUUUUUAAUAA